AUGUAUUCCACUCUGGCGGGCUCAGUCCUCGCCGUGUUGACCCUUUGCUCCCUUGUACCACGCACAGAAGCACAGACGUACUCGUCAUGUAAUCCUCUUCUACAAAGUGGAUGUCCUGCAGACCCUGCUCUCGGCAGGACUGUCGACAUUGAUUUCACAGCAGGCUCCUCGAGCGAAUUCGGCGCCUCAGGAGCAGUAAGCUACACCUCCGACGGCGCAGCAUUCACGAUCUCCCAGCACGGCGAUGCUCCUACCCUCUCUUCGAAUUGGUACAUAAUGUUCGGCCACGUCGAUUAUGUGGUGAAAGCGGCUCCAGGAACGGGAAUAGUGAGCGCCGCUAUUCUGCAGUCUGAUUGCCUUGACGAGAUCGACUGGGAAUGGAUAGGUGGGGAUAAUACACAAGCCCAGAGCAAUUACUUUGGGAAGGGCAUCACAACAACUGGCUACAACCGAGGAGCAUUUCAUGGAGCACCCAACAACCAUGACGAGUUUCACACCUACAGCAUCGACUGGACUGCCGACCAGAUUGUUUGGUCGAUCGAUGGCACCACAGUUCGAGUCAUGACCCAAGACCAAGCAGAAGCCGGCCAAUAUCCCCAGACUCCAAUGUACGUCAAGUUAGGUACUUGGGCUGGUGGUGAUUCAUCCAACCCUGAAGGCACAAUUCAGUGGGCCGGGGGCGUUACCGACUACUCCGCGGGGCCCUUCACCAUGUAUGUGAAGUCUGUCCAUGUCACGGACUACUCGACAGGGUCACAAUACACCUACAGUGGUACCAGCGGUACCUGGCAAUCCAUCAGUUCGACUGGCGGCCAAAUCAACAGUGAAGGUGACGGUACUCCAGCUGCGACUGGAACAGCACCUGCAGUCACUUCCUCCGUGCCCAAUGAUGCGCCACUUGCUUUUGGAAACAGCGGUGACACCUCUUCAGUGUAUGCUACGCGAACAGGCUGGCCGUGGUCUGGAACGGCCACAGCCACAGCAGUGUCUGUGUCGACAUCUCCCUCCCUAUAUUCGUCUCCAUCGGUAGUAUCAUCUUCGGCCUCGGCCUCGGCUUCGCUUGAGGUUGUGACUUCUUAUGACGGACAAGGCUUUCCUACAAUCAUUACCAUCAACCCUGCGGCGCCAACAAUACCAACAAGUUACGACAGUCAGGGCUUUCCAAUUACCAACACCAGCCUCAUUUCUGAGCCAACCUCUCAGCCUGCGACAGUACAAGGAUCGUCAAUCACAGCCGCAUCAGGCUCCGCAUUGGUGAGCUCAGUAUCUUCGAAUUCGGCCUCAGCACCAUCCGAAGGCCCGAGCUCCGCAGCUUCAGCUCCACAGAGCUCCAGCGCUACAGCAUCGGAAGCCUCUGCGACCGCAAACACGUCGUUCAUGACAAUUUCUACCUCAACACCCCUCGGUUUCAUCCCCACUUCGGGUUCGAGCUCUGUGUCCGCCCCCAUCUCUGCCACGGCGUCAAAAACCGUUAUUUCCGGCGAAACGGGGUCAAUAACCACAUCAUUGUCCAGCUCUCCAUCCAACCCAAGCAGCAGCUCGUCUUUUAUUAGCCUGAUCACUUCCCAAUCGCAGACCACCCUGUCAAGCUCUGGGGUUGUUGUUGGGAGCUCAACUGCAAGUAGCACGAUCGCCGCAACUAACUCCGACAGCAGAUCAGCGUUAGGCUCGGGUUCGUCUACAGCGUCACUUUCUUCGACACUUCGGUCGUCCUCGCUCUCAAGCAGCGAGAUCAGGAGCAGCAGGACCGGUACGAUCAGCUCACACCAAAGUACAUCCACGACAGCAUCAAGUCAAGUGUUGAGUGGAACAGCAACGAUUUCAGCAUCCGCUACAACAUCAGGCACGCCGCCUGCAGUGAAUCUUGCAGGUCGAAUACGGAGUUUUCAUCCACUCGGAGGGGUUAUGGUGCUAGGGGCAGGGGCCUUAUGCUUGUUUUGA